AUGGAAAAGAUCUGCAAUACGAAUUCACUAGUGAGAGACAUGCUUCUGAAAAGGGAUCUGGAUAAUAAGGGCAUCCUGGAGUACGUGCUUAGACUGAUCUCUGUAACAAAAGAGCUGAGCAGAUCUCUCAGUCAGCAGUUGGAGAACAUUGCAGAAGGUCUUCAAGACAUUUGCCACUUACUGAGAGCUCUUCAAGACAAACGCAGAGAACUGACUUCAAGGCAAGAGUGCAACAGAGUUAUAGAUUAUUUGCUGAAAGUGAAGGAUUAUUUGAUAAAUACAGUCUCAUAUCUUCAAGAGAGAGAAAAUGAACUCUAUGAUGCUAGCUGCAAAUAUGACGAUAAAUCUCAGAUCCAGACAGCUCAGAAUGCUCCUAGAGAAAUGGACAUGUGCUUUUCUGAAGUAGGAGGAGAAGAGCCUGUGCAAAUAUCUUCUAGUCUCAGUCAGCCCGCCCAAAUAACUCCUUCUCAGAGAAGUCAGGAUGGUAACCAAAUCCAGCCAAGUGAAACCAAAGCUGUGGAAAAAGAAACAGUUGCAUCAUUAACUGAAAAUGUAUCUGCUCAAGAAAACUAUAUUAAUAGAGAAGUUCCAGUGAAAAAAGAAAAUGAAAAAACUUAUGGAGGUGGCUCUUUUACUAAAAAGUCUCCAGAAUUGUUUUUUCAAGAUGUUCUUAGGGGCAAUGGUGAAGACAUUCUUUCUGGAACAUUAAAAGAUACUCAUAGCACUGUCAUGAACCUUUCUGAGAGGGAAGAGAUGGCAGUAGUCAACAAACCUUCAAAAAGCGUGGAGAAUGAAGAACGCGAACUGACAGAGCAAAUGAGAGACAGUAAUAUGGGAAAAAAACAUGAGAUUUACUUUACGUCUGUGACACAAGUAUGUGAUCUAACUACUGCAAACCCUUCUACAAAUGAUUCAGAAGACUUUCAAAAUUCUAGGCACUGGAUGAACAAAGCAUUUCUAGUGGAAGGAAGUGAUGAGAAUCAACAGGAAGUAGUUUGUUAUAUUAAAGGUCCUGCAAUUGCUCUUGAGAACCUGAUGUGUAAGAUAGUCAAUGACACUAGUUCCUUGGUGGUGGAGGAUUCUGAGGAGCUGCUCAGCAAUGUCAUCAGUAUUGAAUGCUCUGACUGUGAAAAAGCAGUCCCCUUCCCUAUCAACAUUGCAAUACCAUUUGCUUCACUCUUCAGAGGAAAUUAUCGGGAUAUUUUGGUGAAGGUGACUGAUAUGAACUUUCAGUCGACUUACUUGUCUCCCAUUUCUUUGGAGGGAUACCAAGGAAACCAUAAGGAAAUCUUUGCAGAAGUGAAAAUUUAUCAACUGGGUAUUUUUUCCGUAUUGUCAUGCUUAAAGAAAGAAAUAUUUACCAUUCCAAAGGCUGGUCUCUCCCAAAAGCUGAACAUAGAUUCUAGAAUCUCUUUCUAUUACCCUCCAGAAACAUUCAGUUCUCCAGCAGUCAUGCAUCUAAAGGUUCAGCCAAUUGAGCCAUCACUGGUUUCCACAUUGAAAGCAAAACAUGAUAUAUAUCAUUCAGUGGUAUCCAGUAGUGCACUGGUUCAUGUCCAGCAUCCUUCAGGCCAAGCAUUUAACAAGUCAGUUACUGUUACUCUUCCCUGUCCUCCAAACCCAGAAAAAAAGAGACAAGGAGAUGAGGCAGAACAUGUAAGAGCCAUUAGUGCUACCGUCAAGAGUCAAGUUACUACAACAUAUCAUCCUCGAGCUAUGACUGCCUCUCUGAGAAAGAAUGGGGAGAAUCUCAGUGAAACGUUGAAAUUAUUAGGUCGCAGGAAAAAAGGCGAGGAAUGGAUUGUGUUUGAUGAUGUAAUUAUCCAGAAUGCACGGAAUGGACUUGUAUCAUUUCAACUAAAUGAACAUUUAGAAAGCUUCUUUAUCAUUCGCCUUUCCUUCCACUUGGAAAACACGUAUCUUCUCCUCUUUGUUCAGGCUUUGGAAGAAGCCAUCUGUAGCACAAUGGCUAAUGUGGUACUGUAUCGGAAAAGAGAAAACCCAUACAAAAUUGUAGUUGUGCUAUCUGCAUCAAAAGAAUUGACCUGUGAACUUCAAAAUCUGCAUGAGGAGGGCUACUUUGGUCCCCCAGAACCAACAAAGCAGUUUCCAUUAAAAGAAGGAGAGCAGAUUCAUUUUAGAUUUAGAGGCAAUAUAUUCGCUUCAGAGAAUGGAGAAGAUUUUGGAAAAACCUACAGGCUUAUUUUUCAUUCACAAAGAAAGCCCCGGUUGGAGCUCCAAAUCAAAGAAGUGGAUGAAUUUGGUAAUUACAGCUCACCUCAUUACAAAGGUACAGCAGUGUUUUAUAAAAUCACCAGAGAGAUGAUAGCCAAGAAAUGGGAACAGGCCCUGCCAUAUGAUGACUAUCAACACCAGUCUCCACUGUGCAAAUUAGCACUAACAUUACCAAAGGUGCACACAGGGGUGUGUGAUGGCGCAGUCCUGAUGCAUCAGCAGUGUACAAACAACCCUAACAUUUCUCUUGCAGAGGCCCUGUGGGACAACUUGCUGUACUGGCUUGCAGAAGAGCUUGCAGAAGAUGACACUCCACUGCUCGCUUUGCACUUACCCGUUCGGAGGAGCACACUUCAGCUUGUUAGGCUGAAGUGCCCUGAUAAUUUAACCCACCAGAUCUACGAGCUUCUUUGCUGCUGGAGACAGUCCCUUCCACGAUCAGCUAAUAAACAGCAGCUCCUGUCUCGCUAUUUGCGGAGGAGCGGCCGGAGGGAUCUUUCAGAGGAACUGCGCUUCAAGUGGGAAAACAAACAGGGCAGGACCCCUGACAACUAA